UUGUCGGAACAGACGAAAAGCAUCAUCACGUCUUUUUUUAAGAUUUUGGACAAGGGUGACCUGCAAGUGUCGGAAAAGGAGCGUCAUGCGCAAGCGGAAGCAUCAUUCACCGAGGUGGCCAAUUUGGUCUCCUCAAUGUGUGUCAAUCCGGACACCAAACGUCCUUAUUCAACCAAAGUAAUUGAGAAGGCAUUGCAGGAGACGCAUUUCAGCUUAAAACCAAACCGUUCGACCAAGCAACAGGCACUGGAAGUGAUCCCGAAACUUCGUGAGACGAUGAAGAUCGAUCGUGCCGAGAUGCGCCUGCGUGUAGCAGUGGAAGCAAAAGAGGCGAAACACAUGCACGAUCGUCUGAAGUCACUCUUCAAAUGCAUUGAGGUUGAAGAUUGGGACCGCGGAAAUCUGGAAAUGGUGGGCCUUUGGUUGAACUUUCGUGCAUUUUUGCGAGUUAUAUAA